GCCUCGUCCGGCUAAGCUUACGUCCUAAUCCUCCUCGCAGUCCCCAACCUUCCUCUCACAAUGUGCCGGUUUGUCAUCUACAAAGGCACAGAGCCCGUACAGCUAUCGCAUCUCCUCACGCGGCCCUGCCAUUCGAUCAUCAACCAAGCCUUCGACUCCCGGUUGCGCUUGGACCAUCGGAGACCUAUCAAUGGCGAUGGUUUCGGUGUUGGCUGGUAUGACUCUGUGUACGACGAAGAGCUGGGUGUUCAACCUUGCAUCUUUACCUCUGUCACUCCCGCGUGGAACAACGUAAAUCUCGUGCGCUUGGCAGAGAAGAUCAAGUCGCCUCUGGUCUUUGCUCACGUCCGUGCCACUACGGCUGGAACGCUCAGUCUCGACAACUGCCAUCCUUGGUCGUAUGGUAAACUCAUGUGGAUGCACAAUGGUGGCAUAUCAGACUUUCACAAGCUGAAGCGCAAGCUGCUGCAGAGCGUACGAGAUGAUGUGUUCAACUGGGUUACCGGUAACACAGAUUCUCAAUGGGCGUUUGCGCUGUUUCUGUCCAAGUUACCAAACCCCUCGGCAGAGAGUUUUACACCAGCGGUCCUCCAGCGGGCGAUGCUGGACACGAUUGCCCACAUCAAUUCUCUAUUGGAAGAAUAUGACAUCACUGAGCCCAGUCUCAUGAACUUCUGCGUCACUGACGGUGAGACCGUUGUCGCAACGCGUUACAUCUCAUCACGGACAGAUGAAGCCGCAUCGCUGUGGUUCUCUUCUGGCAGCACGUUUAGUGAGUAUGCCGAAGGUGGUCAUUAUAAAAUGUCAAAGACAGACAAGCGCGAGAAUUUGAUAUUGAUUGCGAGUGAACCUCUGACCUUCGAGAAGGCGGACUGGAUGGAGAUACGGACGAACCAUAUGGUGGUCAUAACGCCGAAGAUGAACCUGCUUCAAAUCCCCAUUGUUGACAAGUUCUACGUCAAGCCUUCAGAUCCUGCAGCUCCUCACAGAGAUGUUGAGUUUGCAGCUGCCAAGGGUUUCUUGAGCCCAGGCUUGAGGCGAGACACGAUUUCUCGUCCAAUGGAUGCCGCCACUUCCCAAGCCAAUUGCCACUUCAGCACAGCGCUUUCUUCAGUAGGACACCGGAUCGGAUAAUUUAUUACAUGUACAUGUACCCGCACC